GGUUUCUACGGAAGCUCAUUAGGGAAUCUUGUCGUACGUUUCAUUUUCUCAGAAACACUGCCGAGGAACUUGUUUUACUUUCGUUUCCUUGGAGCCGAGUUUGAUCGGACACGUUUUUGUUGGUUGCUGGAUUGUGUGAGUGUAACUGUGAGAGAUCUGCUGCGUCACUGAUGGCUGUAGUCGCGCAGAGCAGCCGAGGCUGGGUUUUAGACGCAUGCUCCCUCAUUGAUCAAGGAUAUUCGCGCUGCGCCCGACGGACACAUGAUGCAAAGUCACAUGUCAGGUGUCGUUUUAAACGACAAUGUUUCCAGAUUUUAAAAAGCCAUGGCAGUGUAAAUGCCCGAGCGGCAGCUGUUGAUGCAGGAAACACGGAACUGUUGCAGAAAACAAACAAACCACCAAAGAGACGGAAACGGAAACACAGUGAACUCAACCAGGGAGAAAUUGAUGCACAAGUCUUUCAUGAGAAGAUCAGGUCUGUCAUCUCAGAAGGAACCACGUCCUUGUUGGACUCUGCUCGAUCAGUGGGAUAUCUGACCGGAGCGACAGAUGCAGUGGAGGAGCCUCUUCCUUUGGAGGAAUGCGGCCUCGCUGCUCUUUGUGAAAUGGCGAAAGAGCUCCCCCUGGUGGAUGAGGAGGAGCAGGAGGCGUGUGUUCAGUCACUUGUUGAUGAGGAUGGCUGCACAUCUCAAGUGGACUUGUUCUCUCGGGUAACGGAGAACAGCACGGACCAGGCCACUGUGGUUUCUCUGAUGGGAGGGGAGUAUGUUGUCCCAGCACACACGGCUUUCCUGCUGUCUGAUUUCACACGAAUGCAGCCUCUGGUAAACUAUGGAAGAAAGUUUGACUUAAUAGUUAUGGAUCCACCGUGGGAAAACAAGUCUGUGAAGAGGAGUCGCAGAUACAGCUCUUUACCGUCAUCACAGCUGAAGAAGCUUCCUAUAAAUCUCCUGGCAUCUGCAAACUGUUUAGUGGUCACAUGGGUCACAAACCGACCCAGCCACCUGCGCUGUGUCCGCGAUGAGCUGUAUCCACACUGGGGGGUAGAGGUCGUCGCCGAGUGGUACUGGGUCAAGGUGACCACGUCUGGACAGUUUGUGUUUCCGCUGGAUUCGCAGCACAAGAAGCCGUAUGAAGUGCUGGUUCUGGGCCGAUAUCGUCCCUCUGCAGAUCCCUCCAUGAGCUCUUCAUAUGUUCCCGUCGAGGACUCCCGUUUGAUUGUCAGCGUCCCAUCGGCUCUGCACUCCCAGAAGCCCUCACUCUCAGGUCAAGCAACAGCCAAAGUUUGAACAGAGGACACUGCCCUCUGGUGGAGAGGUAAGAAGGACACUCAUCCUUAUUGCCCUCAACCCAUGAGUUCAGGCUUUAUUGCUCUCAAAUGACCAGCAGUAUUAAUUGGGGCCAUGGUUCUCAAACUGUGGUAUGUGUACCACCAGUGGUGCACAAGCGUCCUCUGGUGGUACUUGGAGGGAAAUCAGAAACACUGUUCUACUGCAUAUACCAGGGUAUGCGAUCGCAGUGGAGUAAAUAGUGUGUAGAAAAUGAAACAAAUAAUUAGAGUCACCUUAUCUCUCGCUCCCUCUUUAUCUAAUUUCACUUCAGCAGUGUGUGAAGUAUAUGUGGGGUGAUUAAAGAGUGAACUACCCUUUUGUGAAAAGUCUGUAGCAGACUUUGCUUGGAUUAUUCACACCACUGUAUUUUAACGUGGGUGAUAAUGGGGUUGCUUGGAGAGAUCAAUAUUUUUCUCAGGUGGUAUAAAAAGUUUGACAACGAUUCCCAUCCUUACUCAUGACUAAUAAAUGAUGCUGAUAUGUACAGAUAUUGGUGCAGCCCUCUAAAGAUCCAUGCCUAUUACCCGUUUUGCAAGAAAACAGUAAGAUUUCUUUGAGAAAAUCUAAAAAAUGUCUUUUUUUUGCAAAUGAUUGUGAGCAUGUAAUUCAGUGUGUGAGCGAUCACAAGAGAAUUUCCAGUAUUGCCCACAGUGUUCAAUUUCCCAUGUUCUGUGUAUGCGAGUUGGAUUAAUUGCUGUAAAUAGUCAGAGGCUUUGUCAGCAACAACAACAACACUCAUAAGGGAAAAAACAAAGUCUUUGCAUGGCUCUCGAGACAACUGAGUCUCCUCUUCUGUCUCCAUCCCAAGGCCCUGUCCACUGCGCUGCGUCUGCUCGACACGCGUACAUCUCAAAACUUGCAGAAACUACAAUGAAUGAGCGGCAACACAUUAGUAGUUUCGUCAGUCAGCAUCAUCAGAGAGAAUGUGGAAUCUGUAGUCGAGAGUGCAGAUGUAGACAAAACUCCCAAGGUAUAAAUUUAUCACCACAAACUCUCGUGUUCUUGGCAGCAACUUCAAUUCAGAAGAAGGAGUUUUGUGGUUAAAAAAAACCCCCAAGAAAAUAAAGUCUCGUACUUCAUGAUCCCGACUUUAUUCAUCAGAAGAAACCCUCAUAUUUCAUAUUAUACACUAUUCUUUUACGUGGGCAGAGCUUUGAUUGCCUGGCUGAUACACAUUCAAACGAUAGUUUCAUCUUCUCAAAGGAGUCAUUUACCUCUAAAUAUGGGAUGCGAGGAAUCAAAGCAAAACACUUCACCGAAUAUCUUAGAGGUAUUUAUGAGCGUGUGGAACUCCGGUAAUAUAAUGUGAUUUAACGCAGUGCCGUGUACUUUGUGAAAUAAUUUCUAAGUCACCCAAGGGAGGAGAUAUAUCUGGCCGUAAUUAAAUAUACAAACGAAGAGAGGAGUAAGAGUUUUUAAGAGCUAAAUUGAGUCACUGCACAUAAUUUUACAAGAACAAACCGCAGCUCCAGGAUCUCACAGCUUCAUCCUGCAGGAAUUGAUGCUGAACAGUUACAUUAUCAGAACUUAUGUUCUAAUGAAUAUACAAUAUGUGUAUCUGUUAGAUUAAAGUAUGUAUAUGGAAAGUGACCAAAUAACCUUUUAUAUUAAAUUUAACAUGUCAUGGCUGUUGUGUUUUAUUAUUUAGCAAAUAGUGUGAAAACUAACGAUAUUUGCUCUAUGCAAUUAGGAUUAUUACACAGAUUUUUGAGGCUCAGACACAGAUGA